AUGAGGACUUUCAACUCUAUCCUUUCGACGGUCACUGGUGCUGCUCUAGUUCAGCUGGCAGCCGGCCAUGGCUACGUUACCAACGGCACCAUUGGAGGAACUUCGUACGAGUUUUACCAGCCUUAUACCGAUCCCUACACGAGUCCUACACCCGACCGCAUCUCCCGCGCUAUCCAAGGCAAUGGACCUGUCCAGGACGUAACAUACCAGGACCUUCAGUGUGGUGGCUAUACCGAUGGUGGUAUCAACGGAUCGUCGCCAGCAGCUCUUCACGCACCUGCCGAGGCCGGUUCAGAUGUAACACUCUUCUGGACUCUCUGGCCCGAGUCGCACUUUGGCGCGCUUGUCACUUAUAUGGCUCGCUGCCCUGAUACUGGCUGCAAUGAUUACAUGCCUUACUCGGAUGCCGUUUGGUUCAAGAUUGCCGAGAGCGGUCUGAUCGACAAGGCUACAGAUGAGUGGGCCGUCGACUCUCUCGAGGUCGCCGGCAAUGCUGGCUACACCUACACCAUUCCCGAGUGUCUUGCCUCUGGCUACUACCUGGUCCGCCACGAGAUUAUCGCCGUCUUUGUGGCCAACACAUACCCUGGUGUUCAGAUUUACCCCGGUUGCCACCAGCUGGAAGUUACCUCGAGCGGAUCCACGACCGUGAGCGAUUUGGUCAGCUUCCCGGGUGCCUACUCGAGCACUGACCCGGGUAUUGUCUGGGACUCUUCUGAGAGCACCUACCCCAUCCCUGGCCCGACCGUCUUCACCUGUGGCGGUGAUUCUGGCUCCAGCGCAACUUCGGCUGCCUCUGCAGCCACGAGCACAUCGGCCGCUGCCGUUACCUCGUCCGCAGCUGCUGUGACCUCAUCUGCUGUGGCCUCGAGCUCUUCUUCUUCUUCUGCUGCCGUUACUGUUGCGUCAUCCAAGGCCACAUCUUCCGCCGUCGCGUCUGUCGCCACAAGUGCCGCUGUCACUUCUGCCACGACCAGCUCGACGACUGCUACCGCGACUGUCGAGGCUGCGGCUACCUCGUCUUCCUCGAGCGCCGACUGCAAGAAGAGAAAGCACAAGAAGAGAGGCCAUGCUCGCCGCGUUCACGCUUAA